AUGACGUUAGCAGAAGACAUGGGAGCAAAGGCGUUAAAAGUCUUCAGCGACUCAUUGUUGAUUGUUAGCCAAGUCAAAGGAGAAUUCGCAGCAAAAGAUUCCAAAAUGGUUAUGUACUUAGAGAUAGCUCAGCGUAAGAAUAAAAUAUUUAAUCCAUUUGACAUUUUGCAAAUACCAAGAGACCAGAAUACGCAGGCACAUGCGUUGGCCAACCUUGGAUCCUCCUUAAGGGACAUUUCAUUCACUUCCGUCCCUAUAAUUCAUCUAGCAAACCCUGCGGUCGCUAGAGGUGAUGGCGAAAUCGUCGCGACAAUGAUUGAACGACUUCAAGACGACCGAGACAUCGUUAGUAACAUCAGCAACAUCGUAGCUACAAGGGACCUUGACACUAAGGAGGUAAGUGACAGUUGGACAAAACCGUUUUAUGACUAUCUUGCUAACGAUGUAAUUCCAGCACACAAGGUAGAGGCGCGCAGAAUUCGGUUUAAAGCGUCACGGUACGUGCUCAUUCACGGAGUACUGUUCAAAAAAUCUGCGCGGGCCCUACUGCGUUGUUUGGAAAAAGAUCAGUGGGGGCAAGUCUUAAAGACUGCAUGA